AUGAAACGGCCAGUCGACCUCGGGCAUUGCGAGUUCGAACUCUCCCCUCUGAGGCUUCACUUCAGCGCAACCGCAUACUUCACUGAGGCAGCCACUGGAACCGGGCCCAGCCUCGGCCACACAACGAUCAGCUUCAGCCAAUGGAUAGACCUUCGAACCCUCUGGGUGUCCCAAGCACCACAGCUGGAACUCCGUCUCUUUGUGAGCUUUGAUCCGAUGAUCAAGGCCGCCGAACCCGCGUUUGCCACCGAGCUGGUCCGAGAAAUCGGCCUUCCAGAGCCAGAGAAUUGCCUCGUACAAAAGUCCCUGGAGCUAUUGCGUUGCGGCCUCCGGAAACUGUUUCUAUCGGGCGCGCCCCCGAGCCAUGAUCUCAGGCCACUCGGCAAUGGGAGGCUGCAUAAGCUACCCUCACUCGCGCCGGCAGUCUUUGAGCCGAGGUAUUGUGAGGGAAUGGAGCAAAGGGCUGUAUCACUCGCUCCAAUUACAACCUCCCUCCUCUCAAUGCUCGAGAGUCAUGAAACCUUACAGCAGAUGCUUGUGAUGAGACUGAUAAGGCCCACCGACCGGGAUGGAUACGUAACACCGGAAUCCGCAUACGGAGACACACCGGCGAGCAAAGCCACAGACCAUUUGGGAUGCCUGAUAAAAGCCACACUGUGGAAGAUUGCCCAGCACCAACUCGCGCGCCUCAAGACCCGCAAGACGGCUAUGCCAUUUUUCAGGUUACCCAUUGAGCUACCAGAGCCGUCAAUCCAUCCGGACGACGACGACGAUAUGCCCCCAUUGCUCCUGUCAGAGGAAGAAUUUGAUUCUGAAGAUUCUGAAGAUCGAGGCGAUGGCGACGACGCCAACGGGGAUGAUGACGAUGACGGUCUGUGA